UGUAGUAACGCGCGAGCGCGAGAGAAAAGCAGCGCGACAGCAGCGGGUUAAAUCCCACACUUUAUCACUUAACACGGAAAUACACACACACACACACACACACACCGUGCAGCAGACACACUCACACACACACAUGCACACACACACGCACACACACAAGAAACGAAGUACUGGAAUCCACAGGUUCUGACCAGGAAUGGUGGAUCGUUUGUUAGUGGAUGAAGUAACGUUCCUGCCAUACGGUUCCUCCUUGCCAGUUCACCACCGGUCGGAGAUGGUGAGGGACGAGCGGGUCUACCAGGUGCUUCCCUCUCCGUUCUCUGAGGAUGAGCUGAGCGAUUCUUCCAGCUCGCGUUCCUGCUCCAGCCCCGAGUCUCAGGUCCUCAGCUCCAGGUGCAGCUCAAGCAGUGAGAGCCAAGAUGGCCUCCUGGACUUCCUUCUCUCUCACAGCCAAACAUCUUCCACCCCCAUGCUAACUCCUGCCAUGGUUCCUCCUGUCCUCCCCAUGGGUCUGGCCUGGGAGUCCCGCAGGGAUCGGACCACCAAAGAGGAGUGCUUUGAGUUUCCUGUAUUUCCUGGAGAUCUGGAGGAACAUGCAGGGCUUCUCUUUCAACCCACACUGGAGGAGAUCGAGGAGUUUCUGGAGGAGAACAUGGAGGUUGUAGCCUUUAAGGAGAAAGCUGAAACAACACAAGACACAUCAGAAACGAAGACACGAGACCAAACGGUGCCUGUCUCCAGUGUGACGGAGAUGACCGAGCUCAAGCCUAAGAAUGUCCAGUCUUCUGCCGGACUCACUACAGCUUCUCAGAUGGCGGUGAAGAAGGAGCUGCUCUCCGAGAAGGCAGUGACGACGGAGAGCUCAGGGACGCCAGUGUUCCUGCAGAUCCAGCCCAUUCCCAUCAAACAGGAAGCAAAUUCGAAUCUAACGCCCACGUCUCAGUCGCCGACUCCCACCUCGGACAUCAAACUCGCCCAGCUGCUGGUCAACAUCCAGGGGCAGACAUUUGCUCUGGUUCCUCAAGUGGUUCCACCAGCUAGCCUCAGCAGCACUUCCUCCAAGUUUGUCCGCAUCGCUCCUGUCCCCAUCGCAGCCAAACCUUCAGGACACGUGCAGAACGUGGGCAGCGGAACGCAGGGAGCAGGACUCCUCGUCGCGAGUCAGAAAUUCCAGAAGAGCUCAGUAGCUGAUCUGAUUAAAAUGCACAAGUGCACUUUUCCAGGCUGUGCCAAAAUGUACACCAAGAGCAGUCACCUGAAGGCUCACCUAAGGAGACACACGGGGGAGAAACCGUUUGCCUGCACAUGGCCAGGAUGCACCUGGAGGUUCUCGAGAUCAGAUGAGUUGUCCCGUCACAGACGCUCACACUCCGGAGUGAAACCGUAUCAGUGUCACGUCUGUGAGAAGAAAUUCGCCCGCAGUGAUCACCUGUCCAAACACGUCAAAGUCCACCGCUUUCCACGAAACAGCAGGACAACACGCUCUACACACUGACCGUACAUAACCCUGUCUCUCACACACACACACACACACACACCCACACACACACACACAGAUGAGGAGAAGUUCUCAGUGGUGCUGUGAUAUUUAUUGGUGAUGAACUGAACUGUGUUACUUGACAGAACUUUAUCCCUGUAGAGAAGAUACUGUAGAAUUCUUUUAGUUUGAAUAGUUGAUCAGCUUUUUGUUCAGUUUAUCAGCGACUGUCAUGUGACGGUUUAUGGAAAGUUUAUUUUUUACUCAGAGCUGUGACUCUUGAUGUGAUUGUUGAUGUUUCUGCCUAAAGGAUCUCUAAAGCAUUGACAUUCCUGGUCAUUAUAACGCAUUAUAACAUUUUCCAGACUGUAAUUCUGCAAAACCAAAAACACGAGUUCAUCUGAGCUACUGCUGAGAAUCAGGACUGUGUCGGUAUGAGAUAAGGGACAUGGAGCUAACAGCGCUUUAACGUCACACAGCAGCUUCACAUCAGCACAUCUGUACCUGUCAAAAGUGGGCGGAGCUUCUCAGGAAAGGUGUGCGGUAGGGACCUAGUGAUGAGGACGAUUAUUAAAAUAAAAUAAAAAAUGAUAUAAAAACAGCUCUUCUGAAAGUGUGUGUGUGUGUGUGUGUGUGUGUGUGUGUUUCUGUGUAAAAUAUUAAACACAAGGCGGGUUUGUUUUAGUUGCAGUGACCCAAAUGAGGUCAAGAGUGCCAAUACUUUAAUCUUUACUGAAAAUGCAGCGUAGUUUGACUUGUGUUAAACUUUAUCAGACAACAUUUAAAAAACAGUACACACACACACACACACACACACACAUUUUCCCGACUAAAUCUCUAUAAACUCUAUAAGAACUCUAUAAUAUUACGUUAUACACCGUACAGUGAGCAGAGGAAAUGAGCAGGAAGGGAACAGGAAGUGAACAGAAGGCUGAUUUGAGCAGAUCUUACGUGGAUCACGAGGUAAAAAAUGUAAAAAUUAUGCUAAAUAUCAGCAAGAAGAAAGCACUACUGUCAAAUUUAAUAAAAAACAUCAAGACAGACAGGACAAUACUGACCAAUCGGUGAUCUUCAAUCAUUAACUCCGCCCCCAUUCAUCACACAUCAUCAGUUACAGUGCAACUCAUUAAUGGGGGCAACGCUGUGCUGUAGAAUUGUGGGUAAUUAAUCGAGGCAAGCUGUUUGGUGUGAAAGCGCUGUUCAUGUUCUGUUGCUUGAAAACUGAUUAAGUUUAAAUUGUCUCUGAGGAAAGGAGUGAUAAACGAGUCAUAAAAGAGUGAUAAAGGAGUGAUAAACGAGUCAUAAAAGAGUGAUAAAGGAGUGAUAAACGAGUUAUAAAGGAGUGAUAAACGAGUCAUAAAGGAGUGAUAAAGGAGUGAUAAACGAGUCAUAAAGGAGUGAUAAACGAGUGAUAAACGAGUUAUAAACGAGUGAUAAACAAGUUAUAAAGGAGUGAUAAAGGAGUCAUAAAAGAGUGAUAAACGAGUUAUAAAGGAGUGAUAAACGAGUGAUAAACGAGUUAUAAAGGAGUGAUAAACGAGUUAUAAAAGAGUGAUAAAGGAGUGAUAAACGAGUGAUAAAGGAGUGAUAAACGAGUCAUAAAAGAGUGAUAAAGGAGUGAUAAAGGAGUGAUAAACGAGUGAUAAAGGAGUGAUAAAUGAGUGAUAAAGGAGUGAUAAACGAGUGAUAAAGGAGUGAUAAACGAGCCAUAAAAGAGUGAUAAAGGAGUGAUAAACGAGUUAUAAAGGAGUGAUAAACGAGUCAUAAAAGAGUGAUAAAGGAGUGAUAAAGGAGUUAUAAAGGAGUGAUAAACGAGUGAUAAAGGAGUGAUAAACGACUUAUAAACGACUUAUAAACGAGUGAUAAAUGAGUGAUAAAGGAGUGAUAAAGGAGUGUUAAAUGAGGUAUAACGGAGUGAUAAAAGAGUGAUAAAGGAGUGAUAAACGAGUUAUAAAUGAGUGAUGAAGGAGUGAUAAAGGAGUGUUAAAUGAGGUAUAACGGAGUGAUAAAAGAGUGAUAAAGGAGUGAUAAACGAGUUAUAAAUGAGUGAUGAAGGAGUGAUAAAGGAGUGUUAAAUGAGGUAUAACGGAGUGCUAAAGGAGUGCUAAAGGAGUGCUAAAGGAGUUUGAAUGGGAGAGCAGGUGUAAACUCAUUAACACGCACAGUUAAUAUGUGAAGCAGCUGGCCUUAAUGUAAUCAGUAUUAAGUAUUAAUGUUUAUUUUUAGUUAAAUUUCUCAUUUUUAUUUUCAAAUCACAAUUUUUCUUGAGUUUAGUUUUUUCUCUUCAUGUGUUGAUGUUCUUCUGUUUGUUUCUGUGAAAAUGUGACUGAGCUUAUUACAGGUUAAUGUUCCUCAUCAGCACCAAUGUGGAACUUUUCCAGCUCUUAUUUUUAUCUGAUCUGUGUGUGUGUGUGUGUGUGUGUGUGUGUGUGUGUGAUACUCCGUAUUCACGUCGUCCGGUGCUCAGCAUCUCAGCGUCCCCGCACUCAGACAUCUAAUCUAAUGAACUCUGGUUCCUGAGACCCGGUGGUUCUUUGUUAUGCUGUCAUGAGAACUGGAACUGUGCAGGACUGUAAGGUUCUCCUGUGCUGAAGCUCAGGACUGGGUUCUGGGUUCUGGUUCCACAGAGCUGUGUGCUGUCGGGAGCGUGGUCUCGGACACACCUGCAGGGUUCGGAGAGGACGUUCUCAGUGGGAACUCUGGUCACGGUCACAGCUGGACUAACGAUACGAUACGGCACGCUGAGGGUCUCGGUACUCGCCUGCUGUGUGACAUGCUGCUAAAGGAGAACUUUACUGAACACUGAAUUAUUAUUGGGGAUGUGGAACCUUUCACCGUGUCUCUGUGCCAGAGUUAAACCCCGGACUGUUUAGAAGACAGAACAGAGAGAUACGUGUGUUAGUGCAGAGUAUACUGUGUGUAUAUAUACAGCUGGAACUGUGUGUAGCAUACAAAGGUAGUGAGAACUCAAUGUCUUUCACCAGCUUACACACACACACACACACACACACACACACACUCACAUACACACACUCACACACACACACACACACACAUACACACACACACACACACACACACUCACACACACACACACACACACACACACACACACACACACAUACACACACUCACACACACAUACACACACACACACACACACACACACAGGGACAUCUAAGCACCUGUUUAAUACGUCACAGUACUGACACACAGCUCAGGAACAGAAAUUCUGGUACAUUUCCUGCCACCGUCUCAGCACUACAGGCCCCAGUUGUAGGUUUUUGGAUCAGCACCAACAGUAUGUUGGGGGCGGAGCUAAAUCAGUACUCUGCUGGGGGAACAGUAUGUUGGGGGCGGAGCUAAAUCAGUACUCUGCUGGGGGAACAGUAUGUUGGGGCGGAGCUAAAUCAGCACUCUGCUGGGGGAACAGUAUGUUGGGGCGGAGCUAAAUCAGUACUCUGCUGGGGGAACAGUAUGUUGGGGCGGAGCUAAAUCAGCACUCUGCUGGGGGAACAGUAUGUUGGGGCGGAGCUAAAUCAGCACUGCUGGGGGAACAGUAUGUUGGGGCGGAGCUAAAUCAGCACUGCUGGGGGAACAGUAUGUUGGGGCGGAGCUAAAUCAGCACUGCUGGGGGAACAGUAUGUUGGGGCGGAGCUAAAUCAGCACUCUGCUGGGGGAACAGUAUGUUGGGGCGGAGCUAAAUCAGCACUGCUGGGGGAACAGUAUGUUGGGGCGGAGCUAAAUCAGCACUCUGCUGGGGGAACAGUAUGUUGGGGCGGAGCUAAAUCAGCACUGCUGGGGGAACAGUAUGUUGGGGCGGAACUAAAUCAGCACUGCUGGGGAAACAUUAUGGAGGGUGAGUUUGAUUUAUGCAGAAAAAUCAGAUAAAAAUAAGCAGGUCAAUCCAAGCACUCGGGCCAUGUAAGAUUAAUUGUACAGUGAACUGAUGACUCACCAGAAAAUGUUCCGGUUUCUCAAAUUGCUGGAAAAUGAGCCAGAACCUGGAGUACCCUUGGCUCCUGUUUGGACCAGUUUUGAAAGUCCAGCGUGUCAAACACAUGUUUAGACAGGGAGCUAAAACUUUUACAUUCCUCCUGAUGGAUAUGAAACGUUUCUGAUAUGAUGAUGAUUUGAUUUCUAUUUCCUGAUGAAUGUAUAUACAUGAACACACACACACACAAGCGUGCACACACACACACACACACACACACAGUACAGAACCGAGUUCCAUCAGAAACACACUCAGUUCUGAUUCUGUACCUUUUCACAGUAAUAAUGUAAACAGUGUAAAUAAUAGCAAGUUAAAAUGAUAUUAUAUAUAAAUAUAUAUUUUCUUGUUGUUCAUGAAAGAUAUUUACAAAUAAAAUGAAAUAAAGCUUUUAUAAAGUCGA